AUGGAAAAUCGAGAUGUGGAUAUCAUUAUCGAUACCUUCAAGCUUGUUGUAAGCUCCGUGAAAGAACAAAAAGAUACCAACCAUUUUUCACGAACUAUUAACAUGGUUCCUAGUGUGUUCCGAGAUCUUAGUCCGGUUUCUUUCGACCCUCGUGUGGUCUCUAUUGGUCCUCUUCAUAGACACGACGAACCUCUACAACUAUUUGAAGACCAAAAAGCGACUUAUGUAGAUUCUUUAUUGCAUCGUGUUCCUUCACCACCAGAACAAACGCUAAAAGAAUGUUUGCUUAAGGCGGCUGCUUCAAUAGACAUGAUAAGGGCAUCUUAUCCACGCAUCGAGAAGGCCUACAGUGACACUGAGCUUUCCACAAUGAUGGUUAUGGAUGCUUGUUUCAUACUUGAAUUCAUUCUCAUGAUUUCCAAAUCCAGCGAUGAACAAAAACACUUGUUGCGUGGCUCGCCUAUGCUAUAUGACUUAGUGCUGCUAGAAAACCAGAUCCCUUUCUUGGUUCUUAACCUCAUCUUUGACCUCACCAUUGCCAAAUCUCAACUUACAAACACUCUUACUGAGCUUCUUAUUGAUCUUGUACAAUUUUUCAACAUCUUUGAAACAAAAUUAACAGUCAGUGAUAGAACUGUAGAUUUUCAUCUUGAUCAUAUUCUUGGUUUUCUAGAAACAUGUUACUGGCCAUCAUUGAAAUAUACUCCUUCAGAAGGACUACCUGGUUCAGCAAUCCACUCAACUAUAGAGCUGAAUAGAGCAGGGAUUAUCUUUUCUCCUUAUCGAGAUGAAAGAUGGCAAAUGACAAUGGAGUAUAAAUCAUCUAAGUUUUCCUGUUUUUCUUGGUUUUGGUUUAAGCCUAGUCUUAGAAUGCCAGUACUACGCAUUGACAACAUCACUGAGUUGAUUUUAAGGAACCUCAUUGCUUACGAACGGACAUCUACCUAUCCUAGUUAUAUAACAUCAUAUGCCGCAGCAAUGGAUAUGUUAGUUGAUACUGAAGAAGACAUUGCUAAGUUGAUAGAAUCAAAAGUCGUUCUAAACCAUUUAGGCUCAAACGAAAAGGCUACAAGUAUGAUUAACAGCAUAUGCGCACAAAAUCGUUUGGAAAACUUUUAUUAUGUUGAUCAGUGGCAGGAGUUGGAUGCAUACUACAAUAAAUACUGGCCGAAAAACAUUGCAGCAUUGAAGGGUACAUAUUUUAGUAGUCCAUGGAAUACCAUUGCUCUACUUGCUGGAAUCAUCCUCUUUGCUCUUACUGUCGUUCAGACUAUUUAUACUGUCAAUGCAGCAUAG